GGCGAUUCCCAUUGAAUUUUUUCUUCUCUUCCAAUAGAUUUUUUUCUUCUCUUCCAAUUGAUUUCCACGUCUGAUUCUCCAUGGAUUCGGCGUCGAUUUGGUUUCGAUGAAGCAGACAGCAUUUGAUUCCGGUGAAGAUCGAUCUGUCGAAACCCUAAUAUUUGGGGAAGAUUCAAGAACUUCGAUUGCGUUAGUUGAGCUCAAGCAAGUCACAGUUAAGGCGACAAGGAAACAACAUUUCAACCAACCGAAAGAGAACAAGGAACACAUGGGGCGAUAUAGCUAUAGCCAGCCGUCGUCAUCUGAAUGUAAUGGUUAUCUGGUUGACGAAGAAUCUAGCCAUCGGCUAUAUGAUAACAUUUUUCCCGAAGAUUCAUUGAAAGAAAUCGGGAAGAAGGCCAAAACCGUUUGUGGAAUGAUUAUUUCAGUGAAUCUCUGACAUACCCUCCCCAUAUAUUCCGACGAUGUUUUAGAAUGAACAAGCCAUUAUUCUUGCGUAUUGUCGACCGUCUUACUGCAGAAGAUCCUUAUUUCCGACAAAGAAGAGAUGCCACAGGAAGGCUUGGCCUUUCUCCGAUCCAAAAAUGUACUGCAACAAUUAGGCUACUAGCAUAUGGUGGCGGGUGUGAUACGGUGGACGAAUAUGUCCGACUUGGUGAAACAACUGCUCGAAAAUGUUUGCAACAUUUUGUCAGUGGAGUUGUCAAUUUCUUUGGCGAUGAAUAUCU